AUGAAGCCCUUACCUCUUCACAAUGUCUCUUUGCAAAGAGCUUUAAUUCAACGCUCUAUCGCCGCUCGUGCAUCCUUCCACGCACCUACUGGUAUGAGUGGAAACUUCAGACAAGCUCACUCAAGAAACUUUUGCAGCCCUAGCUUCACACCUCCUAAAUCAAAAGGAACUCCAAAACCUAGCGAUACUUCUACAGGCAUUGAUAACCCUAAGAUCACCACCCGCAACCAUGCUUACUACCAAAGAUACAGCAUUUCUGGCUUCUAUCCCAUUGUCUGUACUCCUCCACCACCCACUAAGGAACUUCCCAAAGAGGACAAACAGGUCAAGAAGAUUGGACGUAAACAGGACGAUAUCCAAGCCAAGAAGGCUGGUCAUGAAUAUACUUGUCCUGUCCACUCAUACAGUCAUGCUUAUUAUCGACAAUUUAGCAUCGACGGCUUCUAUCGCAUCAACGACAAUCCAGCAGAUUCUAAGCCUACCAAGAAGCCUUCUACAGUGAAGCCCAAAGAUGAAGCAAAAGAUGAAGCUAAAGAUGAACCAGAAGAUGAACAUGUCUGUUCUACCAAAACAUGUAAUCAUGACUACUACAGAACAUUCAGUAUCUCAGGCUUCUACCCUGCCCAAUCUAAUACACCGACAAAUCCGAAGUCGAGCAAGCCUACCUGCAUCCGACCUAAGAUCAACAUGGCCGAAGCUCUCGCUCUUGCUGCGGCUUUCAUCCCAUUUGCUUCUUCUCACCAGAAGACAAAUUCGAACGUGGAGCAUUCGAACUUAGAGCAUGAUAUCAUCAUAUCCACUCAGACAAUUGAGGAGCUUGGUUUCGAGACUCUCGGCAUCACUGGUUUUCAAGGUUCCCGAGAUGAUAUGGAAGGAGAAAAGGAUAUCAUGGACGACAAUGAGAAAGAAGGAGAAACUAUUGAGCUUAGAGAGAGAGGCUCUGGUCCUGUUCGUGCUAGUCUUUCUGCAGUUUGGCUUCUCCUUUCCCAGAUUUAA